AUGUUUCAUUUGAUGAAGAUGUCAACGUGUCAGGUUCGUCGUGUGUACACACGUGAACAGCGAAGUAUCCUCGAAGCAAGUUUCGCGCGGCAAUCACAUCCAGAUCUGAACGAAAAAGAGCGUUUAGCCAAACUACUAAAUUGCAACCUUAUUCAAAUUUGUAACUGGUUUCAAAACCAUCGUCGACGGGUCAGGAAACAACAACAACAAAUGUCGACUCAAGCUCAUUCGACAAUGGCAUGUCAAACAUUUAAUUAUCAGAAUGAAUGCUCGUCAUAUGGUCUCUAUCAGCAAUCACCGUCGCAAUAUGUAGGCUCGCUGUAUGUGUAUCCGCAAGAAACAUGGGAAAACGCGAUGACUUAUGAUCCGUUUGUUAAUUAUUAUACAUAA